AACAAGCUCAACGAUUCUUUGUCAUGAUCAAGUUGUGAUUUGCAAUCGGUUGCCAACUUUUGCUGUGCUUCCUUCUGACCAUUGAUGUCUAAGAAGAAUUGAAUAGCACCAAUUAUUUUCACGGUUACUAGUCGCAAAUCCAGUCGCUUCGAAGACUUUACAAUCUUGCAUGGCAAUGAUGGCAAAUCCCAUCGCCGCCCGUUUGACAACAAAAACGGUGCAGCACCUCGCAAAGGCAACAGCAACCACAGCAGUGACCACAGCAGUCUCCAAUCGAAUAGUGACGAAUAUUCGAACAAGCUCUGCAGCACGCAUUCAUAAUCGCCCGAUUCACUCGGAAUCCACCACCUCCUCGGUGAAACUCCUCCUUCGGGAUCUUCGGGAGCUCGACACGUCCUCUCUCUGCGAUGCGCACAAGACCAUCACGACCGGUAGAACCGACGACGACGGUCGCGACGCCGUCCAGAUCAAGCUGAUGAACAGCACUAUCCGACCGAUGAACCAACCCAAUCGCUUCGGAACAGGCACACAAGACGUCAUGGUCGGGGUGGCACGGACCGUAGCGUUUACGGAGCCCGACGACUUUCUCCCGGUGAUGCGGGCAUUGGCGCUGGAGGCGAAGGCGGACGAGGUGCUGGUGGUAAACACGUUGUCCUCCAAGCGCGCCGUCGCGGGGGAGAUUUUUGCCGCGGAAGCCAGGAGGAAGGGGCUGGCCGGGAUCGUGAUCGAUGGACCGGUCCGGGAUACAGCGUACCUCGACGGCACCAGUGAUGGGUGCGGUCACGGGGAGGCUUCCGCCGGCGGUGAUGGGAUCCCUGCUUCGGUGGCCCCGGUGGCAAUGCGAAUAUACUCCACCGGUACAACACCGUACUCGGGAACGACCCAGUCUCCGGGAGAAAUGCAACCCUCGGUCGUGACGUGUGGUGGAAUCGAGGUCCGUCCGGGCGACAUUGUUGUGGGAGACAACGAUGGAGUCAUCGUGGGGGCACCGGAAGCCUUUUUCGAGCUUGUUCCGGUGGCCCAGACCAUCCAGCGCAUCGAACAAGAAUUGGUCGAGGGGAUUACGACGGUUGGACGAUCGCAAAGCUUGGCCUCGAUGACAAACCUCGAGAACCACGUCCGCGACCGGUUGGAGGGGAAGCCAUCAAAUCUCGAGUUUCGAACAUGACGACUAAAACUACCGAAAUAGAGAAAGAGAGCGCAGCGUACUAUAGCACAGGAACGGGUGUGAAGAGACGAUUUGUACUGUCACAGUAACAAAAAAGUAGUAUCAAUAUGGGUAAAAAACCUUGUAAUAUUGAAUAUACAAUAUACAAUGAA